GGGAGGGCCGGGCUUGGCUUCGGCAUCCGCGUCGCUCCCGCGCUGGGGCACUAGGCGGGCCUCCUCCGCGGGCCGCGGGCUACUUUGCCGGCGGCGAAGGGCCGCCCGCCGCGCGGCGUCGGCUGUGGCGUUGCGGUCAUUGUGUCGUGACGGAGACGCCGGUCGUGGUUUCCGCGGCAGCGGGUGUGGCUGCUUUAGCCUGGCCUGGGCUCCACGGCUGCCUGGAGGGUCUCUGCAGCGCCCAUCCCUUCUCCUCCGGAACCCCACGCCAGCAGCGACCCUGAGUCGGCAGCCGGAGCGACCGGCCAUGGCGGCCUCAACGGCCUCGCACCGGCCCAUCAAAGGAAUCCUGAAGAACAAGACCUCUGCGGCUUCCCCCCCGGUGGUGCCCUCGGCCGAACAGCCCCGCCCGAUCGUGGAAGAGGAACUGAGUAAGAAGUCUCAGAAGUGGGAUGAAAUGAAUAUCCUGGCAACAUAUCAUCCCGCUGACAAAGACUAUGGCUUGAUGAAAAUAGACGAGCCAAACACCCCAUAUCACAAUAUGAUAGGUGACGAUGAAGACGCCUAUAGUGAUUCAGAAGGCAAUGAAGUCAUGACUCCAGAUAUCUUAGCUAAGAAAUUAGCUGCUGCUGAAGGCUCAGAGCCAAAGUAUCGGACUCGGGAGCAAGAAAGUAGUGGAGAGGAAGAUAAUGACCUCUCCCCUGAGGAGCGAGAAAAGAAGCGACAGUUUGAAAUGAAAAGGAAGCUUCAUUACAAUGAAGGACUCAAUAUUAAGUUAGCCAGACAGUUAAUUUCAAAAGACCUACAUGAUGAUGAUGAAGAUGAAGAAAUGGCAGAGACUGCAGAUGGAGACAGCAUGAAUGUUGAAGAGUCAAGUCAAGGAUCUACUACAAGUGACCAUCUGCAACACAAAUCACAAAGUUCAUAAAAGAAACAUGUUCAACAAUGCGGUCGUUGUCAAAUACAAACCUUGUUACUAUACUACACUGUUUCUUGUUCUCUACAAUUCAUGACUUAUGUACCAGAGUACACACCAGUUAUAUAUUGCCAAGAAUUAAGACCAUAGAGACUGAGUAGAUGGAAAAUGCCUAAUUAAUACAUAUAUUCUUGUGCCUCAUAUUUCACCACAAGUACAGUGUACUGUUAGUAGUCCAAAACUGCUUUACUUUUGUAAAAACACUGGUUAAUUUGUAUAAGAUAUUAUAUAGCUUUUUAUGCUUUAGAGAUUAAAUAUCAUGGGGGAAACUAAUUUAUUUUUGUCACUUCUAGAUGGUGGUACCUCUUAUAAAAUGUUUGGGGGUAGUUUGAUGUCAUUUCUUCUUUUAAUCAAAAGCCUAUUCACAAAGUGGGAUAUAUAGAUGGAUAAAUAUUUAGGCUGAAAGAAUUUAACUUUUAUCUUUACCUUGUUUUGGCUAAUUGAAAAGGUUUCUAAGAAGUUUUGUUCAUUUUCUGAUCAUUUAAAAUUCCUGUUGAUUUUCUUUGUGCUUGAAAGGAAUAAAAUCUUUUUAUCCAAACUGGUUUCCCCCAUUCCCACCCCAAAUAAAUACACAAAUAAAUGUCCAGGUUAAAGUUGCACUGACACCUGCUCUGCUUGUCUUCGUGCGCUAUGCAAGCUUCAGGCAAGGUUUAAAUACCAUGGGCUAUCUUCGUUUCCCUUUAUUUAUAUACCUGUCUUAACCUGCUCUGAUUUCCUGCUCCCGCUGCUGAUACACAUGCAGUUGUAAUAUUGUAUUGUAGGAUGGCAAAGGCUAUUGGACGUGAGGAACUCUUCUUGCAUAUUCUGUCAUCUGCUGCAGUAGUGAAUUCUCACUUGGCACCUGCUAGUUCUAAUGCAUGAAGGAAACAGAUCUAGUAGUGGCCAUACUGUGGCAGGAAGGACUGCUUAGCAGCUUGAUCGCUGUCCUUCUCUGAUUGACAGCUUGGUCAGUAAAUGCCUGAUAUUAGUUCAUUUGACAUUAGACCUUAGAAAACAAUUAACUAAGGCAUUUUUGCACGAUGAAAGCAUUGUAUGUAAUCAGAAUAUGAUUGUUCUUGAGUGUACAGACAGAAUUAUACCUGGACAGUUUUAAACUUAAAGAUUCUGCGGAGUCUGCUUUAAAGGGACUACGAUAAUGCACACUGUGGCAGAUGGACACGGUUCCUCUAACAUGAUAGAGAUUAUGUGGGUUUCCUAGUUCCUGUGUGUCUUAGUUUAGUGAUGGUUCCCUUUGUAGUUGUUUAUUUGUAUCGUAAGUUUUUGGUAGCACCAAAUGAAUCUGUUAUAUGACAGACUUUUAAAAUAAUUUCUGUAUAUUAUAUAUAUGAAAUGGCUUUUAUUGAACAGCUAUCUUCCACUUUAAAUUUCUGGAACUAUCAUGAUGUCAAAAUAAAAAAGUAGGAAGAGUCUUUGCUGUUAGAAGAAUGUGCUUAUUUUGAAUGUCUUUCUUUUUUUAUGGGACUUUACCAGAGUAGCUCUGAAUGUUAGUGCAGUAUUCUAACCAAACGUUUUAGCCAGUGAACCGCUCAUGUACACACUAAGCAAUGUAUACCUCAUCUUUGUAAAGUAAGCCUGUUUGUGGGAUGUGGAAAUUGACUGUAUAUAUGUAUGUGGAUAUGUUCAUGUACCCAGAUCUCUGCUUUUAGUUUUCUUAUUUUGUGUUCUUUUCAAAUUGUUUUUAUCAUUGUGUGUGUAUGGGGGUUUGCCUACAGUGUGUGUCUGUUCACUGCUUGUAUGCAAAACCUGUGGAAACCAAAGGAAGGUGACCAUCAGAUGCCCUGAAGCUAGAGUUAUAGACAGUUGUGAUCUCCCCUCUGGGUAAUAGGAGUUGAACGCAGGUCCUCUGGAAGAGCAGCCAGAGCUUUCACAUGCUGAGCCAUCCCUCCAGCCCCUCCUCUGAUUGUAUACUCGGAAAGUUCCACCUACUCUUUAUAUAUGUAGAAGUGGCCUAUUGUACAGUGGGGAAAAAGUAAGACUUAAAUGUCUGAUUCUUCGUGUUUUCUUUAAGUUCGUUCCUAAAACUUAAAAUCUCAAGUAAGACUUUUGGUUUCACAAAGUUGAUACUUACUUCAGAGGAAUGUUCUAGGCCUAAUAGCAUGUCGGUAGGAUUUUAGGUAGUCAAAUGCAACUAAAUAAAAAGUAUUUCCUCCAGGGCAUUGGGAAGAUGGCUCUCUCAGUUGAGUGCUUGCUAUGCAAGCAUGAGGGCCUGAGUGUGGAAUCCUAGUACCCAGAAAACCACAUAUGGUCAUACAUGUCUGUAAUUAGAGAGGUAGAGACCGCUAGAUCCCUGGACCGUGCUGGCCAGCCAGCCUUGCUGAAUCAGUGAGACCCUGUCUCAAAGUAGGCCUGAGAGUAAUUGGAGGGGAAACAGCAUGCUUCUGUGGACUCCCCAAGAGCAUGAAGACAGAGCAUAAAAUAUUUUCAACAGAUUGUUCUAAUUGACCUUGUGCCAGACUGCUGAAAACAAGAUGGGUUUUUUUAAAUUGUAACCAUGGAGGUGGGUGCUAAACCUGUAAAAUGGCUCUAGUGGGUCAAAAGGUUUGCUCUCCAGAAACAUGGUGGGAGGAGGGAACCAACUCUACAUGUACUCCAUGGCAUGAAGUCUGUCUGCUGGUGUGUGUGUGUGUGUGUGUGUGUGUGUGAUGAGUGGUUAGUGGAUGUGCACUUUUGUAAAUGUUUUUUAAAUUUUCCCCCCUUUGGAGAAAGUUAUCUAUUACUGGUCUGUUCUAGCCACAGUAGAUGAAUUCUUACUUUCAACUUUUAAAUUACAUCCCCUGCUUAACACUAUUAUAUCACUUCCAUUUACUCAUUAACCCAUCACAAAAUCAGUAGGGAUAAUAAUUUAAAGCAUGGGCCACCUUAGUGUAAAUGGAAUGAUAAUGUAAGAGCAACUUUUAAGUUGAAGGGUAGAGCAAAAUGCUAUUUCCCCUUAAACUUCCAUUUUUAAAUAUUUCCCUUUUGUUGGCAUGCACUAAGCAUAGUAUCAUGUACAUAAUCUGAAAUUGGCCUCUCUCUCUUUCUCAUUUUUCAAAACAAUGUUUCUAGAACUCUUGAGAUCCAAGUAUUGAGAUUAAAGAUGUGGGCCACCACUGCCUGUC